AUGGACCGCUCAGGCCGAUUGUUUUCAUUCGACACCAGCUCGUUUAGCACUAGGCCACAAGAGAUAACCACGACUACCCUACCUAAUUUAUCGCAGGCUCAGCUAAACUUGGCAAGUGACGAUGCCUCGCUAAAACUCCAGCAAGCGGCGCGGGCAGACCCCGAUUUUGUAGAUGUUUUUUGGGCCUCUGUCCAUUACGAUAUCCCUUUCAGGUCAAUAGACAAAAUUGGACUCGAGGGCCUGGACGAAGAGCCACAGGUGUUCUCGAUAGGAAGUGGAUUGACUUCAGAAGUCGUGCAGCAUAUGUUGGUUGACGAAGAUGCUGAACUACAACCUCCGCCGAGUACGACUAUUGCACUGAAAAUCUUUCGAUCCACAAAGAUGGAUACCCCAAAUGAUGCCAAGGCAGCUCGGCAGAAGGUUUACCAUUCGAUACUGAAAGAGAUGAUGGCUUUCGGCCAUUCUGCCCUGUCUAGCCACCCACAUAUUCUGAAAUUAUUGUUCAUCGGGUGGAAUCUGGAUCAUGCGUAUCCGCUUCUCGCUAUGGAGCUUGGGGACCACGGCUCCCUAGACUACAUUAUCCGAGACCUUGGACCCGGCCCAACCACACGACAAAAGCGACACCUCACGAUUGAUAUUGCGCUCGGUCUCCAGGCUAUUCAUGAGGCCGGAUUUACUCAUGGAGACCUCAAACCGGACAACAUCAUCAUAUUCAGUAGCGAAGAUCCUACACGUCAAGUGGUUGCGAAAUUGACAGACUUUGGGGGCAGCAACCAAAUGCAUGGGGAACAUGCCGGUACACCAACGCAUAUCACUCCGCUCUGGUCUGCCCCAGAAGUUCUCGGAAAGCAUCCAAAAAUUGAUUGGCGCUUCGCAGAUAUUUAUUCGUACGGGCUUGUUGUGGCCAGCUUAUGGGCUGGACGGGAGAGUAGCGAGAUAUAUGGCCAGAGGGCAAGGGAUGAGGAUGGUGAUUGUGAUCAGCCACCAACCUCAACCACAUCCUCUAGCUCGAGUGUACUUUCAAGUCUCUCAACUUCUGUAUCGUUAGCACCCGAAGAGGAGCAGGAGGGGCUGAGAUACUUGAAGAAGUUACCCGAGGACCAUCCAGGUAGCCUCAUGUCGUUCCUUAGAGAGCGGAUUACAAAGGAAUCGCUGCCAGCAGAUAUUGACCCCAGUGAAGUAUUCGCAAUCAUCACACCAACAUUAAAACCCGACUGGAUGAUGCGACCGGAUAUGGAUGGGUUAAUGGUGAUCAUAUCGGAAUUUUCUAAUGCCAUAGGCCGUGCAAUUGAACUCCUUGCCGAUCUCGAGGUUUCAGAGGCAAGCAAUACAACGCCUCACUCUUAUAUUCCUGAGCGGAUCUAUGAGCCGAAACCCGUGCGCAGCCCAUUGAUCGACGCAUAUCCCGGGUCGCCUCUUUUGGUUACCAAUCACCAACAAAUCAUGACCACCCAUACACUUCGCGCCCUUGACGAAAUCAACGAUAGAAUAAAGUAUAAGCCACAGCCAGAAGACAUCCCAGAUCACUUUCCUGAAGACCUCACGACGGAUCAGUUCCUAGGGAUCUUGCUGGCAAAGACUGAGAGCAACCAGUCAGACCUCUACAACGCGAUCAAAAGUGAUUUGAAAGAGGAUAUAUGGCCUAGAGUACUUGAUAUUAUUAAGAAAGGGUAUUUCUUAUCCAAUCUAGGCAUGCGUGGUUUGUUUGCCCUAGAUGCGCGCCAGACACCAGAUUCCAAGAAACGCGCGCUCGAAUAUCUUCGAACGUCUGCGCUGUACCAGAAUGAAACUGGUAUCAUGGCUGCAACUUUUGCGUUGUCUACUGGACAUGCCCCCCAUGAAUCGGAGAUUCCGAUACGAUUAAACCUAACCCUACUUGCUCUCUCACACUCAUCGCUGGCAAUCAGGCGUCUACACUCCACCUGGCCGGAUCUCUAUGUCAUUGUUUCCAAAGUCAUCCGAGAAAGGGGUCUAGGUUGCCUUGAAGAAGCGAAGACUAUUCAUCCCGGUCUAUAUAACACCCAGCGACUAAUUAGAGCUUAUUGUGCCCAAGCUGCAUCGCCAAGUCCCACUGGAUUGACGCCACUCAGUCUUGGAGACGCUUUGGAUAUCGGAGCUACCGAGGUGAUUAGAGAGAUACUUGAGCGUCCCGAUGAUUCUUUUACAGCAGAUGAGGAGCAGACCAUCUAUAGUCUAUUCCAUAGGCUCAGCAAGGUCCCGGAUGCCGAAGCUGCCGCACUUUGUCGGACCGCCUACGAACAGGGAGCGAAUCUCGAUUGUCUUCUCGAGAUGGAUAUGACUGAUUUGCUCGUAUUGACAAGUAAUCGCACGCCUAACACCCCUUUGUGUGUCGCCCUUGCAAGAGGACAGCCGAUCCUCGCUUUCGAGAUCUUUUGCCUCCACGUCGAGUUCGAUGUGCCUAUAAGGAAAUUUGCCCUGGCGCUAUUUUGGAGUUUUUUAAAUCAUUUCCCAGAGGUAGGGGAGGCCCUGCUGAGGCUCUUCCAAGAUAAUCCCGCUAUGUGUCUCGAUGAUGAUACUCCACUAUCAGGAGGGAACGCGGACUCUAUGGUAGAUAUACUCUCGGCUAUUAUGGUUACGUCUAUGCUUCCGCCAAACAAAUCGGCCUCAUUCAUGUUACAUGGAGGCGAACAUGAGGCUGCCUAUAUGAGGACCCAAAGUCUUUUGUUGGAUGAGGGUGCCGAUCCCGCAUUGGGAGCCGCCACCGAAACAUCUCUAGGCAUUUCCAUCGUCGCUGAUGAUGUAAUGUCAUUGAACAGAUUCAUCAAACAUAUGGAGAUGACAGCCCGCAAAGAGGCUCGCAAGAGUGUGAAUGAUGUUCUUUUGGCUUCCUUGAAUGACCCUUGCAACUUGGCUAGCUUUCAAUACAUGACGCUAGGCGCAGAAGUUGAGAAAGCUUCGGUCGACGUGGUGUAUAUGUAUCGCUGGGAGUAUAUGUACACUGCCCUGGCUUUGUGUCUAAGGCACGGCUCACUGGCAUGCUUCAAGCUCUUGCUUACAAAGGUUCCCAGCCUUGUGAACAUAGAGGUGGAUCUUAUGGGAAGAACCCUGCUACACAGGGCGUGCUCCGGCGUUGAAAAAAAGGUCCACAAUGUCAAGAACUAUUCCCAUGAACAUGUCCCAGCUCUCAUGGCCCUGAUCACUCGGUCCAGCUUUUCGGGGGGUUCCAGUGUGGAGUUUGUUGACUUACUGUUGAAAGCUGGGGCAGAUGUCAUGGCGACGGAUAGCCGGGGUCACACAGCACUGUUCUGGGCAUUGCAACAGGCGAACAUUCCCGCGGCCGAUAUGAUAGCGUCACAUUGCUCACAGGAUCAACUCAAACAUAUGUUGCGACGCGAUCCAUCCACUGGAGAUUCGAUCUUCGCGGCUCUGAUUAGGUUCGAGUUCGAUGGUGACACAAUUCUCAACGCCCUAGGUAAUCGGCGACAGCCAAGGCUAGUCGAGAGCUUCUUGUGGCUUCAAGGGCGAGAAGCGGUAUACUUUCAUGGGCCAAGGGAUUUGCCGGUCUGGUCCUGGAUUUUGAAUCACCAGCGGUCUCUACGCACAGGUGAACUGAUGGAUGCCAACAUCAUGGAAUAUCUGAUCGAUGUGCCUUUAUUCUCAGAGAGCCUACGAACAGAGCGAUACAAAGGCUUCUCAUUGCUGCAUUCUGCUGUCUGGCAUGGGAAUGUGGAGAUCGUUCACUUGCUCCUCGCUAGAAACUUUGAUCCCAAUGUGAUUGCAGAAGUUGAGGCUGGACGGGCCGGUUUGAUAUCGGGAACGCCUCUUGACAGCCUUGCCCACUUUAUUGGAUCAGGCAGAAAUCCAAGCGGAAUAGUCAAAGCUAGCGAGUCUGUUGUCAGAAAGUGGGAAGACAAACUGCUGGACAUCGCCAACUUGCUCCUAGAUCAUGGUGGGAGGGGCGAGACGUUUGAAGCAGCUCGACAGCUCGCAAGCUUCGUGAAUAAUGCUCGAAACAGUAGUGGCACAAGCGAAGAAUUGGACAGCUUCCUUGAACUACUCCGGGAUAUGGAGGUACCAGCUCAGUCUCUCCAACUGGAGAAUAAACUAGAAACGUGGCCGAGGCCUCUGCCAUCCGAUGAUCAUGCCGAUGUUAUACCCAACGCCAAAGCAGCCGCCUUGAUGUCAAUUGAUUCAUUAUAUGACGUUAGCCUCAACGAAAUUGAAAUUAUCGCAGAAGCCUUUAGACGUCUAGACCAAAGGCGCCGAGGACAGUUGGGAGAAAAGCAGAUUUUGCUUCUUGAAUGGCUCCAUGCAAAUGCUGUCGGAGGUCAACCUCUUGGAGAUGCCACUAUGAAGACCGCAAAUACCAGUGGAGGAUUUCAAAAACGGACGAUAAUAAUAGACAACGCCGAUAACAACCCACGGAAUGGCACAACUAGACUGCAUCAUGCGGUUCAGCAGGGAAAUCUCGGUGCACUAAUGGAUGCACUUGACUCUACUGGCGAUGUCGACGCAGAGGAUGCAGAAGGACGCUCCGCGUUAGAAUUCGCGGUUCUCCUUGGGGCGACGCGAGAAAGAACGGGGGUAAUUGAAUUGCUUCUCCAAGCCGGCGCAAACCCGAACAGGAGUCCUGCACAGUCACCCUCACCUCCGAUUGCAAAAGUCACCCCAGCUCUACAUCUUUGUAUCAUGUUACGUGAUGAUCCAGAUCUUGUAGAGACCCUAGUCACAGCCGGGGCAGACGUGAAUAUGCUCGACAGUGAGAGACAGAGUCCGUUGAUGCUAGCUGUGACUUUUGGCCGCGUGGUGACGAUGGGCUUGCUCCUGCAUGCAGGCGCGGACAUCACCGAACGAAAUACGAAAGGUCAGUCUCUAUUACAUGUCUUUGUCAUUGAAGACCAACCAAGAAUCCUGUCGCUUCUGUUGGAAUUGCUUUCCAAUGAGCAAGUUGAAACGGGCCAGAAACGGAUGGUCGACGCUGGAACGGAGAGUACAGGUCUUUCUGGCGAAGAAACUGACGGAUACGCUCCUCUUCACUUCGCGGCACGGGAUGGGAAUAUCAUGGCUAUGAUAGUCCUCAUCAAUGAAGGCAAGGCGGAUCCGAAUGUGCAGGACAAUUGUGGCUGUACCCCACUCCACUACGCUGUGCUCGAUGGUACUGCUGAUGCGGUGGAGAUUUUAAUCGAUGUCGCUGGCGCAGAUGUUGACGCGCGGGCCAGUUUUGAGGCCACGCCUCUGGUGAUAUGGGUCACGAAGUAUUUCGGCAAGGUGGGUGCCGACGUGCGCAUACGGGAUCUAUUGCUCGCAGGAGAUGCCGAUGUAGGUGUUGUGACAGAAUUUCAGUACUUCGUGCGGACCGACGGUGAACCGGGGUGCUGGUAUAUCUAUGUCGGCAAGGGUAAGGGGAGGGAUCUGCUACAGGCCCAAACGGUGAGUGGUGCACAUGGUGCUCCCUGGGUAGAGUGUGAUCCAUUGAUUGCGUUGGAUGGUGUAAUAUAG